AUGGCGGAUCCAAAUAAUGUCUCGCAGUACAAAUAUUCGGCGAUGUCCAACCUGGUUCUCCAGGCGGACCGUCGUUUUGUAACUCGCCGGACAGAUGAGGUUACUGGCGAUCCGGAGUCUCUUGCGGGUCGCAUUAAUAUCAAGGAUAUGGGCACGCGAGCCUCAGGUGCGGAUGCUACAAAAAUCAAGAAAGCCCCAGUUACCCCAAAGAAUGUCGAACGAGGCGCAAUUAGAGAAGGCGAAGAUGUGUUGCGGCGGGAACAGCGAAAACGAAAGCGAGAGGAGCAAACACAGUUGAGGGGCGUGGGUAUUUUGUCAGCAGCGGAUGCGCUCAUCGAAGGCCUAAAAUAUCGACCGAGGACUCCUGCGACAAGAGCAACUUAUGAUUUGAUCCUUACCAUGACUGUAAAUCACCUAGGAGACGUGUCUCACGAAGUCAUUCGAAGUGCAGCAGAUGCUGUACUGGAACUCUUGAAAGAUGAAAAUAUGAAAGACUUUGAUAAGAAAAAGGAGAUUGAUGAUCUACUUGGAAGCUCUAUGGGAGCGAAGGAGUUCAAUGAGCUGGUCAAUCUAGGGAAAAAAAUUACAGAUUACGAUGCGCAAGAUGAAAAUGAAAAUAUGGAGGGCGGUGCAGAUGGUGUCCAGGAUGGAGAAGAGUUGGAUGAGAGGCAGGGUGUAGCCGUGGUUUUCGAUGAAUCGGACGAAGACGAAGAUAAUAUGGCUCGCGAGGUUCGAGAUGCUGAUGAGCCAUCCGAUGAGGACAUGUCUGAUGAAGAGGAUCAACCCGGUUUAGAGGAGGUUGCAACCGCUGGCGGUUCCGUAGCCGAAAGGGACGAGGCGGGAACACCGGGCGAAGAAAUAAUAAUCGAUGGCGCUGUGGAAGCAUCUCGUGAUGACAAAACUAAAGAUAGCGCCAAUCUCGUCCCAGUCCGCGAAAUCGAUGCAUAUUGGCUCCAGCGAGAGAUUGGAUCAAUUUAUAGUGACGCGCACAUACAACAAGAAAAGACUCAGGAGGCCUUGCGGAUGAUGGACGAAAAAUCAGAGGACGGCAAUGAAAAACAACUUCGUGAUGUCGAAAAUGACCUGAUGGAACUUUUUGAUUACGAUUACCCGGAUCUAGUGGGAAAGCUCAUUACGAACCGGGAUAGAGUUGUCUGGGUGACCAAAUGGAGACGGGCGGCGGAGGAUGCGGAUGCCAAAGCCGUAAUUGAAAAGGAAAUGAUUGAGGCUGGUCAUCGCGAUAUUUUGGAUGAACUGCAUGGCAAGGCACCUCGAGAUGCUGCAGCUGAUCGACCGGGGAAAAAGAUGAAGAACUCCCAAAAGCUCAACCGCAUCCAAACAAAAUGUUUCCCGACGGCCUUCAACGAUGAUGGUAACAUGCUCGUGUGUGCUCCAACAGGCUCUGGUAAAACCAAUGUGGCCAUGCUUACAAUACUACGUGAAAUUGGGAAAAAUCGGAACCACGAGACUGGCGAAAUCAUGUUGGAUGACUUCAAAAUUGUCUACAUCGCACCAUUGAAAGCGCUUGUCCAGGAGCAAGUUGGAAAUUUCAGCGAGAGGUUGAAGCCUUACGGUAUUCGCGUCUCGGAGCUCACGGGUGACCGGCAACUCACCAAACAGCAAAUAGCCGAUACGCAGAUUAUUGUCACCACUCCUGAGAAAUGGGAUGUUAUCACGAGAAAAGCUACUGACACUAGCUAUACACGCCUUGUACGGCUUAUAAUCAUAGAUGAAAUCCACUUACUCCAUGACGACCGAGGGCCUGUCUUGGAAAGUAUAGUGAGCAGGACGAUUCGUAAAAUUGAACAAACGGGCGACCCAGUACGGCUCAUUGGACUUAGCGCCACACUGCCUAAUUACCGUGACGUGGGCAGCUUCCUGCGCGUUGAUCCGAUCAAUGCCCUUUUCCACUUCGAUGGUUCAUACCGACCAUGUCCGCUGAAGCAAGAGUUUAUUGGUGUGACUGACAAAAAGGCUAUAAAACAACUGAAAACCAUGAACGAUGUUUGCUAUACCAAAGUUCUUGAGCAAGUUGGUACAAAUAAAAACCAGAUGCUAAUUUUCGUUCACUCGAGAAAAGAAACGGCAAAGACAGCCAGGUACAUUCGAGACAAAGCUGUUGAGAUGGAAACCAUUGGCCAAAUUUUGAGAAGUGACGCAGCCAGUCGGGCCAUCCUGGCGGAAGAAGCAGAUGCGGUCAACGACCCCGCGUUGAAGGACCUCAUGCCCUAUGGCUUUGGUAUACAUCAUGCUGGGAUGAGUUUGGCCGAUCGAACGUCCGUUCAAGAGCUCUUCGCCGACGGUAGUUUGCAAGUUCUUGUCUGUACUGCCACCCUUGCGUGGGGUGUCAAUCUUCCAGCCCACACAGUCAUUAUCAAGGGAACACAGGUGUACUCGCCGGAGAAAGGUAGCUGGGUUGAGUUGAGUCCUCAAGAUGUGCUGCAGAUGCUUGGCCGUGCGGGUCGGCCGCAAUAUGAUACGUUUGGAGAGGGAAUCAUCAUUACAUCUCAGACCGAAAUGCAAUAUUACCUAUCCUUGCUUAAUCAGCAACUUCCUAUUGAAAGUCAAUUGAUGAGCAAGCUCGCAGAUAAUCUAAAUGCAGAAAUUGUGCUCGGAAAUGUACGCAAUCGCGAUGAGGGAGUUGAUUGGCUUGGCUACACCUACUUAUUUGUCCGAAUGCUUCGAUCCCCUGGUCUUUACAGUGUUGGCACUGAUUAUGAAAAUGAUGAAGCCCUUGAACAGCGACGAGUGGAUCUCAUCCAUUCUGCGGCAACCGUUCUUGAAAAGGCUAACCUUGUCAAGUACGAUAAAAAGUUGGGAAGACUCCAAUCCACUGAACUUGGUCGUAUCGCUUCACAUUAUUACAUCACGCAUAGUUCCAUGAGUACAUACAACUACCACCUUCAACCCAUGGUGUCUACAAUCGAGCUUUUCCGUAUAUUCGCUCUCAGCGAUGAGUUCAAAUAUAUUCCAGUUCGACAGGACGAAAAGUUGGAACUAGCGAAGUUACUUGGUCGUGUCCCAAUCCCAGUGAAAGAAAGCAUUGAGGAACCUCACGCAAAGAUCAAUGUCCUCUUGCAAGCCUAUAUAUCUCGCUUGAAACUGGAGGGGUUAGCGUUAAUGGCUGAUAUGGUAUAUGUUACCCAGUCUGCGGGCCGUAUCCUUCGAGCAAUUUUCGAAAUUGCGCUAAGGAGAGGUUGGGCCUCCGUGGCUAAAACUGCCCUCAACCUUUGCAAAAUGGCAGAAAAGCGAAUGUGGCCUACUAUGUCCCCACUCCGUCAGUUUCCGUCGUGCCCCCGCGAUAUUGUACAAAAAUCGGAAAGGAUUGACGUCCCCUGGCCAACAUAUUUCGACCUGGAUCCCCCCCGGAUGGGUGAGUUACUAGGAAUCCCCAAGGCAGGUAGAGUAGUUUGCGGCCUGGUCGAGAAAUUUCCGCGCCUAGAGGUCCAGGCACAGGUUCAGCCAAUGACCCGGUCAAUGCUGCGCGUGGAACUCACAAUAACACCUAAUUUCACCUGGGACGACGAUCUUCAUGGUGUCGCAGAAAGUUUCUGGAUUAUCGUGGAGGAUUGUGAUGGCGAAGAUAUCCUUUUCCAUGACCAAUUUAUCCUUCGCAAAGAGUUUGCGGUUUCAGAAAUGAAUGAGCAUUUAGUUGAGUUCACUGUGCCGAUAACGGAACCGAUGCCGCCAAAUUAUUUCAUCUCGCUCGUCUCGGAUCGAUGGAUGCAUUCGGAGACAAAAAUACCUGUUUCGUUUCAGAAACUUAUUUUACCAGAGCGUUUCCCUGCUCAUACGCCACUGUUAGAUAUGCAGCGGGUACCAGUCAAAGCCCUCAAACGACCAGAGUAUCAAAGUCUCUAUCCUCACUGGGACCAUUUUAACAAGGUCCAAACACAGACCUUCAAGUCGCUGUUCGAUACAGAUGAUAAUGUUUUCCUAGGAGCCCCGACUGGGAGUGGAAAAACAGUCUGUGCAGAGUUUGCUCUUCUUCACCACUGGUCGAAAUCCACACCUGGCAAAGCAGUUUAUAUUGCUCCUUUCCAAGAAUUGGUUGACCACCGUGUUACUGAUUGGCAAACCCGGUUAAGCAAUCUCAAUGGUGGCAAGAACAUUUUGAAACUUACAGGGGAAACCACUGCCGAUUUGAAAAUUCUUGAGCAAGCCGAUCUAGUACUUGGUACUCCCAUUCAGUGGGAUGUCCUAUCACGGCAGUGGCAGCGUCGUAGGAACGUACAAGCCGUUGAACUCUUUAUUGCCGAUGAACUUCACAUGCUUGGCGGUCAGGGUGGCUACAUCUACGAAGUUGUUGUUUCACGGAUGCAUUAUAUUGCCCUUCAAACUGAAAAGGAACUCCGGAUGAUUGGACUGAGUGUCCCUCUGUCCAAUGCUCGCGACAUUGGGGAAUGGUUGGGAGCCAAGAAGCAUACCAUUUACAACUUUAGCCCCCACGUGCGUCCUGUUCCACUAGAACUGCACAUUCAGUCCUACUCAAUCCCCCAUUUUCCGUCUCUCAUGCUUGCGAUGGCGAAACCUGCCUUUACGUCGAUACUACAACUAUCUCCUGAUAAACCAGCGCUAGUGUUUGUACCUACGCGAAAACAAACUCGCUCAACUGCUCUUGAUUUGUUGGCUGCUUGCAUUGCUGCAGAUGAUGAGGACAGGUUCCUACAUGCCGAUAUUGGAGAGAUUUCGCCCUUGCUAAAACGGAUCGACGAACAAGCGCUGGCAGAAUCUAUUUCCCACGGAAUUGGCUAUUACCAUGAAGCCCUCAGCAACAGUGACAAACGGAUUGUCACGCAUCUCUUCAAACUUGGUGCGAUACAAGUAAUGCUAGCGUCUCGAGAUGUUUGUUGGGAGAUCAAUUUCAACGCACAUCUUGUUAUUGUCAUGAACACCCAAUUCUUUGAUGGCCGAGAGCAUCGAUAUAUCGACUAUCCUAUCAGUGAAAUACUUCAAAUGUUCGGAAAAGCUUCUCGCCCUCUUGAAGACAGCAGUGGAAAAGGUGUGCUUAUGGUUCCAGCCGUCAAGCGGGACUACUACAAGAAAUUCCUCAAUGAAGCACUACCAAUAGAAAGUCACUUGCAAAUAUAUCUUCACGAUGCGUUUGUCGCCGAGAUCAGCACUCGAACCAUUGCAUCUACUCAAGAUGCUGUUGAUUGGAUGACAUACACGUAUUUCUAUCGCCGUCUUCUUGCAAAUCCUAGUUACUACGGCCUAACUGAUGUGAGCCAUGAAGGUCUGAGUACGUUCCUCUCAGAAUUGGUUGAAAGCACCCUUAAGGAGCUCUCUGAAGCCAAGAUCAUCGACCUAGAUGAUGAAGACGACACUCUUUCGCCACUGAAUGCGGCCAUGAUUGCUGCAUACUACAACAUUUCGUUCAUCACCAUGCAGACGUUCUUGCUUUCUCUAUCAGCCAGAACCAAACUGAAGGGCAUUCUUGAAAUCGUCACCUCCGCAACGGAGUUUGAAACGAUCCAGGUUCGACGCCAUGAAGAACAUAUUCUCCGUCGCGUAUACGACAGGGUACCAGUCAAGAUGUCGCAACCAGUCUAUGACUCGCCACACUUCAAAGCAUUCGUCCUUUUGCAGGCACAUUUCUCGCGUAUGCAGCUUCCGAUUGAUCUGGGCAAAGAUCAAGAAAUGAUCGUGGGAAAAGUUUUAAACCUCCUGAGUGCUUGUGUAGAUGUCUUGUCUUCCGAGGGCCACUUGAAUGCCAUGAAUGCAAUGGAAAUGUCGCAAAUGGUUGUUCAGGCUAUGUGGGACCGAGAUAGUCCGUUGAAACAAAUUCCUCAUUUUGGCCCAGACGCGAUCAAAGUGGCCAAUGAGUUCCAGUAUGUUCCUCCCUUCAGUGGUCAUAAGUCUAGUCGCAGUUUUCUAACCAUGCUUUUCACCUGUAGAAUCAAGGACAUCUUCGAGUUCAUGGAAGCUAUGGACCCGUCGGAGAACAAGGACUACGCAUCCCUCGUAAAGCGUUUGGGUCUUGACAAUAAGCAGCUAGCACAGGCAGCAGAAUUUACUAAUAACAAGUACCCCAACAUGGAUCUCGAUUUCACUGUUCUGGACGAAGAAAACAUUACGGCCGGCGAACCGGCUUAUAUCGAUAUCAAGAUUGAGCGGGACGUUGAGGACGACGAGGAAGUGGAUACUACUGUAUCUGCUCCGUUCUACCCGGGCCAGAAGAUGGAGAACUGGUGGCUUGUUGUUGGGGAAGAAAAGACAAACAGCCUCCUUGCCACUAAACGCAUUACGAUUAGAAAAAAAUUGCAACUCAAACUAGAAUACAUUGUUCCGACGCCUGGUGAGCACGAGCUAACGCUAUUUCUGAUGAGCGAUAGCUAUGUCGGUGUUGACCAAGACCCUUCGUUCAAGAUUACGGCUGCGGAGGGAAUGGAUGAGGAUGAGGAGGAGGAAGAGGACAACGAGGAAGAGCCCGACCCCGAUCUUGACAGAGUUCUCCUUUCUCCCCCUUCAAUAACAAAACACCUAGCUGUAACAGUCCUACAGACGUCUAUACAAAAACAAUGGCGUUAUCUCCAUGAACGUAUGUAUCCUGUAACUGACGUUGAGCGUACUUGCAGGGUAAUGCUGAGCGCUCCUCGACGCUCCGCUGCCAUCCCAAAUUCAUUAGGCACAUUGCUUGCCUACACGCAGACAUCAUAUUCGUUUGAGACCCACGCAACAACCUCAGAACUCCGAGUCCUCGAUGUUGCAACUGGGAGCUCCGUUCUCUUAACGGAUUCCUAUCACGGUUCUCCGCAAUGGCUUGGUGACGGGGACAAGCUUGUCUGGCUAAGGGAAGGAGACAAUGGAAGCACUAGUUUCAUCGUCGGGUGUGGCCAACGCAAAGAAGACCCCUAUGUCGCAGGGACGGUGUCUGCACCCGUGUCGAAUCUGAAGCUCACUACUCUUUCGCCUGGACUCGUGGGUGUUGCGGUUUCCGGGAAGGCCAAUCUAGAUGGGUCGUUGUAUAAUCCAUCCACCGCGAAAAAGCCCCUUAGCUCAGGCAAAUUGUAUACGUCGCUGUUCGUCAGACAUUGGGACGAGUAUACUAUACCCCAGAAAAAUACUAUUUGGUUUGGGACACUACAGAAGACUUCGUCGUCGGAAGCCAAACAGCCCACAUACAAAUUGUCAGAGUUAAAAAAUCUCUUCAAGUCUACCGGUUGUCUCAACCUUGAGUCGCCUAUUCCACCUUUUGGCGGAACAAAUAAUUUCGAUAUUUGCCCGCGAGGUAUUGUGUUUGUAGCCAAAGAUCCGACUUUAGAUCAGGCUACGCAUACCAAAUGUGUCACAUACAUUUGCAAGAUCGAUGCCCAGUCCUGGACACAAGCAGUACCAGUAGCUAUACCUGUCAAGGCACUAUCGCUUAAUCUCGUGAAUGGAGCGAUAACCUCUCCGGUUCUGUCCCCGGUAGCCAAUACACUCGCAAUUCUAGCUAUGAAAGAGGAUGGAUAUGAAUCGGAUCUAAACAGGAUCAUUUUUGUCCCCAAUGUAUUUGACUGGAAGGCUGGACCACUUGAAUCUGUCGAGAUCUUUGCAAGUACAGGUGGUGCAUGGGAUCUGAGCCCAAGCUCACUCACAUGGGGUGAGACGGAUUCCGACCUAUUUCUGCAAGCCGAAGACACCGGCUGCGGCGCCUUGUUCAGACUUCCAUUGUCCGACUACACCAAAGCCUCUACCAAACAGCUUUCGAAACUGGUCUGUUCCGGAUACGUAACGCAUGUCGCACCAGCGUCCAACAAGCUGUUUUUAACCAGCACAAGCUUCGUGGAGAACAGUGAAUUCUCCGUAUUAGACUUGUCGAAACCCGACCAAGAACCCAGAGUUAUCUGCUCAAGCUCACGGAACGGCACGUCGCUCGGCCUAUCGGCAAAUCAAGUCACCGACAUUUGGUGGAAAGGAGCAGACGAACAUCCCAUUCACGCAUGGGUGAUCAAGCCAUCAAACUUCGAGCCGAAGAAGAAAUAUCCUCUCUGUUACCUCAUCCACGGCGGACCCCAGGGUGCAUGGAACAACCAAUGGAACACGCGCUGGAACCCUGCAGUCUUCGCAGAGCAAGGUUACGUUGUUGUCGCACCCAACCCCACAGGCAGCACCGGGUACGGCCAGGCAUUUACAGAUGCCAUCCAGAACCAGUGGGGCGGUAAACCCUACGAAGACAUCGUACGCGGCUUCGACUACAUCGAAAAGGAGCUCGACUUCGUCGACACUACCCGUGCCGUUGCCUUGGGUGCCUCCUACGGCGGUUUCAUGGUGAAUUGGAUCCAAGGCCACGAGCUAGGCCGCCGUUUCAAAGCCCUAGUCACGCAUGACGGGAUCUUCAGCACGAAAUUCUCCCUCGCAGCGGAAGAGCUCUACUUCCCCAUCCGCGAUCUAAAGGGCGUAUACUGGCAAGCGUCUGAGAACUGGGAUCGCUGGGACCCUUCGCUGUUCCUCCACAAGUGGCAAACUCCGCACCUGAUUAUUCAUAACGAGCUGGAUUACCGCCUCACGAUCGCGGAGGGGUUGGCUGCAUUUAACGUGUUGCAGAUGCGAGGCGUGCCUAGUGCGUUUUUGAUGUUUCCUGAUGAGAACCAUUGGGUAGUCAAGCCGGAGAAUUCACUUGUCUGGCAUCGGACGGUUCUUAACUGGAUUAACAAACAUGUUGGGUUGCCGCUGUUGUUAGAUAAGGAUGGGUCCGAUGGAUUUGAGGAGAAGAUUGUGGGUGAUAUAACGAAGUUGGCGGUGACCGAGUAGCUUUCAUAUGGAGAGAUUAGUUCAAUGAGGAAGGAAUGUGUUGUUGCACUCGCGUUUUUUCUUUCUCUUUUUCUUUUUCUUUUGCGUUUUUACAAGGAGAUUAACAAACAAAAAUAAAUAAACCAAGGAGGCUUUUGAAAAAGAAAAGGGGCUGGGGAACUUCACACAUCCGCUAGUACGCAUCUUAUACGAGGAAAUCAAACUACAAGCUAUAUAAUAUCAUGAUAUUCAGAUACAAG